GGGGAUUCCCCCGCGUGACAAAAACAGCUCUUCCCCCUUAUCGCCUUUCAUUGCUCAUAUGCCCUCCGCCCGGAGCUCGUGCUGUUACCGGACUCGCCUCGCUCGGCUCGGCUCGUCUGCCUUUUAACCGCCGCCGCUGCCAUGUUUUGAACGCGCGUGAAGUUGCGUGGAAAGCGGAACGCCGCGCGGCUCUCGGGUCUUCGGCGUGGAAGUGGCAUGAGACGCGGCGGCGGCUCCUUCCUGGUGGUUUCCUCCGGUGUCCGCAGCAGGCUGCCCCCCGCUCGCACCGCCGAGCACCGAGCGGCGACGACCCCCGCAGCGAGCCGCUGAGUCCUCCGGGAAGGACAGAGAGACUGAGACCGAGAAGAGGUGAGACAGAGGCCGCCAUGGCGAGCGACGGCUGCAGCAAAGAUGACCUGCUGGAGGAGAACCGCACCGACUCGGGCAUCGAGUCGUACCGCUCCAUAGUGAAGUCCGAGGAGCCCCGCGACGAGUUCCCCGCACCCCGGGACAAGUUCUCCACGGCCGGGGAGGAGCGCCUGGACUCGGCGUACGGCUCCUCGUCCAUAGUGGAGAGCCUGUCGGAGAUCGUGCAGUCCUUCACGCUCUCCGGCGCAGAGGCCGUCCAGGAGCAGCCUCAGACCUGUGAACUCUCUGAGCAGGAGGACUUACUGAGGACUAUCACAGAGGAGGGAGACACAAUCCUGCACUUAGCAAUCAUCCAUGAAGAAACGUCCUUCGCUCAGGAGUUGAUACAGCUAUUCCCAAAAGAAGUGCUCGACAUCCAAAACAAUCUAUACCAGAGUCCUCUACACCUGGCCACCUACCUGAACCUGACGGACGUGGUCAGGGGCCUGGUGAAGAAGGGGGUCAGCCUGGAGCUGCAGGACCAGGACGGGAACACGGCGCUGCACGUGGCCUGCCAGCACGGCCAGACGGACUGCGCCACCGAGAUGACCAGAGACGUCUCCCCCGGCGAGCUCGUGCCGGUCCUGGAGACCCAGAACUGGAGAGGUCUGGCCUGCCUUCACUUGGCUGCCCUCAACAGGCAACAUCAAGUUAUGAAGCUCCUCAUGAAAAAGGAGGCGGACCUAAAUAUCCAGGAGGGAACCAGCGGGAAAACGGCGCUCCACUUCGCCGUGGAGCUGCGCGACAUCGCCUUGGUGAAGCUGCUGCUGAGCAGGGGCGCCAACGUGGACGCCGCCAUGUUCAACGGCUGCACGCCGCUGCACCUGGCGGUGGGGCGGCAGGACGCGCCCAUCGCCAACCUCCUCUGCCAGUCUGGCGCCGACACGAUGCUGCGGAACAUGGAGGACGAGACGGCGCUGGAUCUGGCGGACGGCAACGACGAUAUUCUGGCUCUUUUUCCCUUCGACGACAUCCAGAUCUCUGGUCGGUCGGUGGUUAGCGUGAGGUAUUGAGCUGCACCGUUUCCUGAAGCCAUCGAUUAAAAAAAAAAAAAAAAAAAAAAAAAAGCUUUAUUCAAGCUGAUUUUUCAUUAAAUAGUCGUCUAUCU